CCGGCGGAGACGCCGCCCGCCGCGGGUGGCGAGCCGCGGGCUCCGUCGCGCUCCGCGGCCGCUGCUGGGAGGCGGCGCCCGGGCGGGCGGGCGAGCGGCGGCCGCCAUGGGGAACAAGCAGACCAUCUUCACGGAAGAGCAGCUGGACAACUACCAGGACUGCACCUUCUUCAACAAGAAGGACAUCCUCAAGCUCCACACACGGUUCUACGAGCUGGCCCCCAACCUCGUCCCGAUGGACUACCGGAAGAGCCCUAUCGUCCAUGUGCCGAUGAGCCUCAUCAUCCAGAUGCCGGAGCUUCGGGAGAACCCUUUCAAGGAAAGGAUCGUGGAGGCUUUCUCUGAGGAUGGCGAAGGAAACCUCACCUUCAACGACUUUGUGGACAUGUUUUCUGUGCUGUGCGAGUCGGCCCCCCGGGAGCUCAAAGCGAACUACGCCUUCAAGAUCUACGACUUCAACACAGACAACUUCAUCUGCAAGGAGGACCUGGAGCUGACACUGGCCAAGCUCACCAAGUCGGAGCUGGACGAGGACGAGGUGGUGCUCGUGUGCGACAAGGUCAUCGAGGAGGCCGACCUGGACGGCGACGGCAAGCUGGGCUUCGCGGACUUUGAGGACAUGAUUGCCAAGGCCCCUGACUUCCUCAGCACAUUCCACAUCCGGAUCUGAGAACACUGCUGAGGCUGCAGGCCCGGAAGCCCACCCAUCCAGCCAUGCUGCCGACGCGGGUGCGGCCUCCAGGCUCUCCAGGAAGGGAGCUAUGGCCUCGGGUUCACGUUUCCUGUGGCCCUUUCAGCAAAAAACCUUAACCAGGGAAGGGGUGUGAGGAGUAGGACCCUUCUCAGGGCUCCCCAUGGUCCAGCCCCAGGACCCACAGCUCUUCCACAGGCCUGCCCCACCUCGCCCAUGCCCUGGUCCUCUCCCCAUCUGGAAAUGUCCCCGGAAGGGACGGCAGAAACCCUAGCAGGAGGUGGUGGGGUCUGGCCCGUCCAGGUGCCAGGCAGACGCCGCAGUCGCCCAGGGCAGAGCAGGGUCAACAAGCUAUGCAAUCCUCUCCCACAACUCGAGGCUGGACGGCGCCCCCACCCCCCACCUGUGUCCCCGUCCCCACCCCCUUCACGAUGUGAAGCCGUGUGCGCAGUGGACGCAGGGCUCUGUCCCUGUCUGCAUCGCGGUCAUGAACGCCACCCGCCCACCCUCCCCAGUGCCGUGGACUCUUCACUGGUGUGUGCUGUCCACAGAUCUGUGAACUCCUGGCAGUAAAACACUUCCGUGUCCCCACA